AAAGCGCUACACGGAAGUCGUCACAAACCCCGUGACCGUGAACGUCCCGGUCAGAGACAGAAGAGCUCGUCCUUCACCGCAGAUGGGUCGCUCGGGGUUCGCGCUCCUGUGCGCGUUCACGCUGCCGCUCCUCGGCGUCCGCUCCGCGGUCACAGGCUCACCACCUGGCUCACCACCUGGCUCACCACCACCUGGCUCACCACCUGGCUCACCACCUGGCUCACCACCACCUGGCUCACCACCUGGCUCACCACCACCUGGCUCACCACCUGGCUCACCACCACCUGGCUCACCACCUGGCUCACCACCACCUGGCUCACCACCUGGCUCACCACCACCUGGCAAAACUGGAAGGGUCUUUGCAGUUGCCGGUCAAGAUGCCGUCCUGUGGCCUCAGCACGUCCUCCCACGUCACAGGAGCACGUCCUCCCGCGUCACGGUGGAGUGGUCACGGGUGGAUCUGCCGUCCGCAUUGGUGGUUUACAUUUCCCGCAACGGAGAAGAGCUCGUGAAGGACAAGGACGCGGCGUACCAAGGGAGGACGUCUGCAACCGGGGACGGGUCUCUGAAGCUGCUCAGGGUCACACGGCGGGACAGCGGCACCUACAUGUGCAAAGUUUUUAGAUCCUCAACGAUGGAAGACAAAGUGAACGUCUCUCUGGUUGUUGGUGAGGUGUCCGACGUCAACGUGACAUUGCAGCGGACUUCGUCCAACCAGCUGCUGGUUCACUGCGAGUCCAGCGGCUGGAGCCCAAAGCCGCUGGUUUCUCUGCUGAACGCCAACGGGGACGUCCUCCCCGCUCAGAGGGAGUUCUCGGUGGGACCGGACCAGCUCUACUCUGUUGGGGCUCACCUGGAGGUGGAAGCAGACAAAGGAAGUGGAACCCUGACCUGUCGAGUGCAGAUACCCGGGAGCAGCCUGGCGAAGGAGCAAACGAUUCAUGUCACAGAUCAAUUUCGUCCUGUGGAGGCGUGUCCUGAAUGUUGGAUCUAUGCUGUGCUGCCAAUCGUCUUCAUCAUCGCCACGGUGACCGUCCUCCUGCUCGGUUAUCAUGUUAACAAGGACAAGCUCAAGAAGUGGCGAUCUGCGCUGUGGUCUCUGAAGGCUUUCUACUGUAGAGGCAGAGCUGAUCAACAAGCAUUACCACGCAGUGAAAGUCAACCAGCACAGCAGGGACCAUGUGGACCAGGGAGUCACCUUCUUGAUCCAGCUCCUCAAGACCAUGUGGAGGUCAAACAUUCUCCGUCUGGUGAGAAAGCGUUAGCAAGUGAUGACAGAUACAAAGUGUACGGAGACGUCCUCCUGGUGGAAACUACAGGCGCUUCGGAUUUAACAGUGGAUGCAAACAAAAACCAACUGAUCGUCGCCGUCUCAGGUCAACUUCUGUCUGGAGUCGCUGCUUCUGAGGAGCUGGCGAGGAGUGACCUGGCGGAGAUGGCCAAGUACAAGAGGGAUAUCGUCAGUGUGGGACAGUCACUCAGUGUCCACCCUGCCCUCAUCGCCGCCAUCAUCUCCAGACAGUCUCGGGCUGGAACCAGCCUGAAACCAGGAGGCUUUGGAAAGACAGACCCCAACUGCUUCGGCCUCAUGCAGAUCAACAAGCAUUACCACGCAGUGAAAGGCAACCCGCACAGCAGGGACCAUGUGGACCAGGGAGUCACCUUCUUGAUCCAGCUCCUCAAGACCAUGCGGAGGAAGAAGCCCAACUGGACCCCGGAGCAGCAGCUGAAAGGAGCGUUGGGCUGCUACAUCUCAGGUGAGGAAAAAAUCAUCCCGUUGGCUCGUCCCGAGGAGGUGGACGGCGAGACGCCGCGCGGGGACUUCCCCAGCGACGUGGUCGCCAGAGCUCACUGGUUCGCCCGCAACGGCUACUGAGAGUCGGCUCAUGUCAGAUUUUGGGGUUAAACUAAAGAAGGGUUGAAAGCAGAGCAGCUGGGUUGAAGGUUAUAUAUAUAUACUGUAUAUAUAUAUAUAUACAGUAUAUAUAUAUGUACAUGUAUCUGACUCUACAUGUCGCACCAGCGUCACGGAGAACCCCCCAUGUGGUUGCUAAGUGGACCAUGUUCACACGGUAGACAUCUUCCUCUGCUUCCUGACUGAGCAGCAGUUCCAGAGUAGAACAACACAUUUGAUAGCUCAUGAGCUGCUAUGAGAGAACAGCGAACGUCAGCGUUCAACCAGUUUGGUCGAUGCUAGCUACCAUUCAGAUAGCUAGCAUCAAUAGCAUUUAAAAAGAUAGUAUGAGAGACAGUGAGAGUGACAUCAGAGGAAACUGUCCGCCAUGUGAAUAUGGUCAAUAGUGAUUAUAAUUGAAUACUCAUACUUUAAUAUAGUGUUACAGAUAAAUGUUAAAUAAUUGUUGAAUGAACCAAAGAGAUUGUGCCUGUAUGUGAAAAAGGAAUUAAUUCACGUUGCUGAAACGUUGAGAUGAGAGUUAAUGACCUUUCAUUUUUUUCUUUCUUUUUGUUUAAAAAUGUGUGAAUUUGUCUUUAAAAUCCCAUAUUUUACAUAUAUACUGUAUGGAAGGAAGGAAACGUUUCACCAUGAAGCCAUGAAAAAACAUGAUACUGGAGGAUAAGUGAUUUUCCUUCUGAUGGUUCUACUGUUUUACGAGAUGCGCUGCAGUUAACAAUGGAGCAUAAUUACAUAUUGAUUUUCCAGACGCCGAAGGAAAAGGACUGAAUGUUUGCUCAGUGACAUCUCACAGUGAAUAUGUUAUGUACCAUAUGUGUCUGUAUAGUUAGACCGACAACACUGUUUCCAGUACACACACACACACACACACACACACACACACACACACACAGUACAAACAGUAUAUGAGCUGAAAACACAAGUGCUACUGAAACUUUUUCUUUCCUCCGUCUUGUUACGUCAGUGUUUUCUGAUUUGUCUUUGUGCCGAACGUGUGUUCUCAGUACUGGACCACGGCACUGUGUUAUGAACGUUGUGACUUGACAGACAAUAAAGUGCCUUUAUGAACCUGAA